ACACACAUAGAGCACGAAAUGUGUCUCAUCUGGUGAAGACCUGCACCAUUUUUCACUUGGAGGCAACCUGUACAAACACAGCAGGUGAUCUGAACCGGCAGCUGUGUAACAUGUUCAGGAUUCUCUGUAUUUCUAUUUGUGUUAUAACCAUCGACUGUUCUCUAUCAAAUAUCCCAGUUGUGUUUUCCUCCCCGGGCGACAACGUUUCCCUGAGCUGCUUCUGUCCCGGAAGCCUAGCGUGUUAUGAACAGCUCCUGCAAUGGCUUCACAUCAGACCCAAUGGAUCGAUGGAGAUUGUUGAUCUUGGAGAUGGAAACAAAAAGUCUAGGUUUAGCCGCACAACACACAACAGUAGCACUUUUUUGUUAAACAUCCUAAGCGUUGAACCAGAAGAUUCUGGUCGUUAUUACUGUGCAGAGCACAGUGCUAGCUAUCUCGCCUUCUAUGAUAAAGGAGUCAUUCUAUAUGUCGGAGAUGUAUGGACAAACAGGAGUGAAAUUAUGAUUCUGACCCAAUGGUGGGAUGACCAGACUGGGAAUUUGACAGUGGAUGGAAACUCUGAAGGUGAAGGUCCAGCAGAGCUGCUAUGUGUUGUAACUGGCCUGAAUGCACCUUGGAUCCCUGUGACCUGGAAGUCAUCUUUUGAUCGAAGGAGGAACCCCACUAACCAGACCUGGUCAACAAAAUUAUCCCGGGACGAAUAUUGUGUUAUAAGUCAGUUACAAUUGUUGGAGGAUCUGGACAGGGAUGAGUUGGAGGAAUGGUGGUGUGAGGUCCAGGUUGGCAAAAAUCACUUUCACAGAAGUUCUUCAUUUCAGUGGAGGAAAGAAGAACAAGGGUGGAACGGAGUUGUGCUCUACACUGUCAUAGUGGUGUGCAUUCUGUGCGUUUGUCUUCUGAGCAUCCUUUGUUAUUACCGACAUCAUCGACUAAGAGGUUCACCACCUCGGGCAGCUGGCGUUUCGCCUUUACCUGAAAGUCAGGGGGACGUGACCACAGGCGUGACGUACGCUCAUCUGGACUUUAAAGGACCCAAGGACAAGAGGAAACGCAUAAAAAGAAAGGCUGACAAUCAUACGGACAGAAUGGUUUAUAGUGAAGUCCGAUAUAAGUCUGAGAGUUAAAAAUUGUGAUUUUCCAGU